AUGUUAACACAUCCAUAUAAAGUUGCAGAUAUUAGUCUUGCUGAUUGGGGGCGUAAAGAGAUUGAAUUGGCUGAAAAUGAGAUGCCAGGACUUUUAUCUUGUCGGAUGAAAUAUGGUGCAUCUAAGCCGUUAAAAGGUGCAAGAAUAGCAGGAUGUCUUCAUAUGACGAUACAGACAGCAGUUCUUAUUGAAACACUUGUUGAACUUGGUGCAGAAGUGACAUGGUCAUCAUGUAAUAUUUUUUCUACACAAGAUCAUGCUGCUGCUGCAAUUGCAGCUUCUGGUAUUUCAGUAUUUGCAUGGAAAGGAGAAACAGAAGAAGAAUAUUUAUGGUGCAUGGAACGUCAGUUAACAUCCUUUAAAGAUGGAAAACACUUAAAUAUGAUUCUUGAUGAUGGUGGAGAUUUAACGAAUCUUAUACAUUCUAAGUAUCCGGAUUAUCUUAAAGAAUGUAAAGGGAUCAGUGAAGAAACUACUACUGGUGUUCAUCAACUGUAUAGAAUGUUCAAAGAAGGGAAACUUAAAGUUCCUGCAAUCAACGUUAAUGAUAGUGUAACAAAAAGCAAAUUUGACAACUACAUGGGGUGCCGUGAAUCUUUAAUUGAUGGUAUCAAACGUGCAACAGAUAUUAUGAUUGCAGGAAAAAUAGCUCUAGUUGCAGGUUUUGGUGAUGUUGGGAAAGGCUGUGCUAAAGCUUUGAGAGGGAUGGGUGCCCGUGUUAUUGUGACAGAGAUUGAUCCUAUUACUGCUCUUCAAGCAUGUAUGGAGGGUUAUCAAGUAACUACAAUAGAAGAUGUAGUUUCUGAAGUAGAUAUUUUUGUAACAGCAACUGGAUGCAAAAAUAUUAUAUCUGGCUGUCAUUUUGGAUUAAUGAAAGAUGAUGCAAUCGUUUGUAAUAUUGGUCAUUUUGAUAUAGAAAUUGAUGUUGCUUGGCUUAAAAAGAAUGCAGUUUUAGUAACAAAUAUUAAACCACAAGUAGAUCGCUAUCAAUUAAAAAAUGGCUGUCAUAUUAUCCUUUUAGCGGAGGGACGUUUAGUUAAUUUGGGGUGCGCUACAGGACAUAGUAGUAUGGUUAUGUCUAUGUCUUUUACUAAUCAAGUUUUGGCACAAAUUGCAUUAUGGACUGCUCAGGAAAAUCAAUAUCCACUAGGUGUUCAUUUUUUGCCUAAGGAAUUAGAUGAGGAAGUUGCACGGCUUCAUUUGCCUAAGCUUGGUGUUAAACUUACACGUUUAACGCAAGAACAAUCUCUUUAUCUUGACAUUCCUAUUAAUGGGCCAUAUAAAAGUCAUCAUUAUCGUUAUUAA